CCCUAGCUGAUCUCUGCCUCCCAAUCUCUCACCGUCACCGGAGGUGAUGCUACCUUUGCUCCAUCAUUGUCCAUAGAUAUUCUCAAGUUUCAUUUGCUGCCCUUUCCGUUCCCCCGUCGGUCCUCAUCUCGCAAGGAAGCAAGGCCGCUGCUCUUCCACUUCGUGCUCUGCUCACAUCGAGCCGGCAAUACCAGGAAAUUGUAUUGGUUUAUUAAUUAAGGAACAAGAUGAGGUUGGAGAAGUGCUGGUUUUGUUCUUCCACAAUAUAUCCAGGGCGUGGUAUUCAGUUUGUCCGCAAUGAUGCCAAGAUUUUCCGCUUUUGUAGAUCAAAAUGCCACAAAAACUUUAAGAUGAAGAGGAAUCCUCGAAAAGUAAAAUGGACCAAAGCUUAUAGACGAUUGCAUGGAAAGGACAUGACACAGGAUUCAACAUUCGAGUUUGAGAGGAAGCGUAAUAGGCCAGAGAGAUAUGAUAGAAACCUUGCAGAAAACACUUUGAAGGCCAUUAAAAAGAUAGAUAAAAUCAGUUCAGAUAGGCAGAAACACCACAUAUCCACCAGGCUUAAUACAGGCAAAGUCAAAAAGAGGAAGGAGGCAAGAAACGAAUUGAACCAGAGCAUUCACAUGAUCAAAGCCCCAUCAGCUCUCAAAGAAGAUUCAUCUCUUACUCUCCCGAAAAUCAAGGUCAAGGUCUCACAAACUCUGGCCGAAGAGAAUCAGCCAAUGGAAGAGUAAAUUUGGUUCCACCCUCUCUCUAUGUUGUUCUGUUCCACCGUGUAGCUAUCAUGAAAUGCUUGUUGUGUGGAUGCAAAAGUUGUCUAAAAUUUUGAGAAGCCUAUCAAAACUUUAUUGUUAUUGUUUUUCUGAAUACUGGAUCCUUGGAAACCAUUAUUAACUAAU